AAUCUUAUGGAACGAAUGCAUUGGUAAUUCAUUCAUAACAUGAUUAAACACAUGCUACGUCUAAUAUGUAACAUUUCCGUCUAAGAGGCUGAAAUAGAGCACACAGGAUCUUAAGGGGGUUGCUGAGACUCUACGCUACUGCAACUGUUUUGCACCAGAUCUUCAAACCACCACCCGGCGCCGCUCUAAUCACACACACAAUGAGUUCCUGUCCCUUUAAAUGCCUGAUGUCACAGUCUCCUAUCCAGAACGGAAGCCCCAGUGGCUGGGAAUCUCCCGCCUGCUGCACUUGACAAUCCCAGAGCCCUGGACAAGCACGUGGAGCAGGGAGCUCAAGAGGAAUUAGCUGCAGCAGCAUGGAAGAUACACAGUCAGGUAUGGACCUAAGUAAUUCUCAGGAACAGCAAAUGGCUACAGAAGGACAGGAAGUAUUGACAGACUGUAAUUCAAACAAAUCCCGGGAUGUGGAAAAUAUGGAUAAAGGGGAAGACAUGAAGGAGCAUAGUCAACCUAAUGAAGAAGCAGGAGAUGAUUUGGUUAAAGUGAAGGGAGAAUACAGUGAAAGAGAAGAGAAUUCAAUGAAUUCAGAGCUGAUGGAAAAUACAGAAGAGCCUGAAGCAUCUUACACUUAUCCAAGAGAAUAUAAUGAAUAUGAGAGCAUUAAGCUGGAGAGACAUUCAGGUCCAUAUGACAACAUCAGGCCAACUAGUGGAAAGAUGAACUGUGAUAUCUGUGGCUUAGCCUGCAUUAGCCUCAAUGUUUUGAUGGUUCACAAGCGUAGCCACACUGGUGAACGGCCAUUCCAGUGUAAUCAGUGCGGAGCUUCCUUUACUCAGAAGGGUAACCUUCUCCGCCACAUUAAACUACACACAGGGGAAAAACCUUUUAAAUGUCAUCUUUGCAGUUAUGCCUGCCAAAGGAGAGAUGCGCUAACAGGUCACUUAAGGACACAUUCUGUGGAGAAACCGUACAAAUGUGAGUAUUGUGGACGGAGUUACAAGCAAAGAAGCUCAUUAGAGGAGCACAAAGAGCGAUGUCGGACUUACUUGCAGAGUGCUGGCAUGUGUGAGCCUGCAAGCGUGGAGGCAAGGCACAUCAAAGCAGAGAUGGGGAGUGAAAGAGCACUCGUGUUGGACAGGUUAGCGAGCAACGUGGCAAAGCGAAAAAGUUCAAUGCCUCAGAAAUUUAUUGGUGAAAAGCGACAUAGCUUUGAUAUUAAUUAUAGUUCAAGUUACAUGUAUGAAAAGGAAACUGAGAUGAUGCAGGGACGUAUGAUGGACCAAGCCAUAAAUAAUGCCAUCACCUACCUUGGGGCAGAAGCACUGCGUCCUCUUGUGCAAACCCCACCCGCUCCCACUUCUGAAAUGGUCCCUGUCAUCAACAGCUUGUAUCCAAUACCACUCACCCGCUCUGAAAUGUCAAAUGGCAACUCACAAGAUACAGAAAAGAGUCAUGCCCACCUGAGAGACAAAAGUCUGUCUUCUGACAGAGGUCUUUCCCCAAACAACAGUGGUCAAGACUCCACAGACACUGACAGCAACCAUGAGGAGCGCCAGAAUCAUACCUACCACCAAAACCAAAUGAUACCUCCCCAGGUCCGCAAUGGCCUCCAGUCCUUGAAGGAGCUCCCAAGGUCAUAUGACAUCAUCAAGCCACCAACUAUAUGCCCACGUGAUGCCUUUAAGGUUAUCAAUAAGGAAGGUGAAGCCAUUGGGGUCUACAGAUGUGACCACUGCCGUGUCCUCUUUUUGGAUUAUGUGAUGUUUACCAUUCAUAUGGGAUGCCAUGGAUUCCGUGAUCCUUUUGAGUGCAACAUGUGUGGCUACAGAAGCCAUGACAGAUAUGAGUUCUCCUCACAUAUAGCACGAGGAGAGCAUAGGGUGUUACUGAAGUAAAAGGAUUAUUUUUUCUAAGACCAGAACAUGGGUAUUUUAGAUUUAUUGGGAUUUUAAAUGUGUCUAAAGUUACUUAAAUAUUUUUGUGGCAGUUCCAAAUAUGUUAGUGUCCCUCAUAGUUGCAAAGUACUGAUGGGACUUUUCAAUUGUUACUAGCAAACAGUAUACUGUAGCAUCUGUGCCUAGAUACUAUGGUGACUGGCACUGUAUAAGCACCAAAGAUAGAAAUACAUUUUGUAUUAACUUUAUUUUUGUGGAAACUAAUAGCAGCAUAAGAAGAUUUUACAUUUUAUAUGUGUAUGUGUUAGAACAUUUACUUCCAAUAAUAGCAACAUGUUAAUUUUGUUGUAUUAUGAAUGAAAUACAGGUAAAGUACUGAACUAAUACUUAUAAAAUGUUGAAACUCAGCACAAAAGGUUGCUAAUCCAUACUGCCCUUUUCCUGGGCCUGUCAGAACCGCUAUAUUCUAACCAGUAAUUCACAAGAGAGACUUUCUGUGGGUGUUUCAAUUCCUAAGGUCUUCCUCAGUGGCUAAAUUAAUAAAACACAGAAAACCCAUAUCUGGGGAGAUGGUAUCAUAUUCACUUUUAAAUGUUUCCCCCCGGAGCCUUAAAAAAUGUAUGGCCCUACUACACUUUCAUUUUAUUUACCCACUCUGAUCACUUUCUUUAAAAUGUCUUUCCACUCACCUCUCACUCAGUAAUAUUAAAAUAAGUAGUGUGUGCUAUUUUAGGGUUUAGGGUUUUUUUUUUUUAAUUAUUGUAUUUUUUUUGGCAUACUCAGUGAGACCAUUUGUUCACUGCUGUGGAAAGUCAAUAGUGAAACUAACAUUGACUUGACUUGGUGUAGAAUCUGACUCUGAAACAGUAAUAUGCAUGCAAACUCCCAUUUAUGCAAAUAGAUUUUUUGCCUAUGUCAGGACUGCAGGAUUGGGCUGUGUGACAUUACUGUACCUCAGGGAACAAAUAGGUUCAUACAGAACAGAUUACAAGAGUUUUGUACUUAAAAAACAAUGUCCUAAUAAAGAAAAUGUAAUGAAUAGAAAGGUAAAAGUUCUUAUUCUCAUCUCACUCUCACUGGUUUUAUGCCAGUGUAACUCAACUGGUUUCAGUGAUAUCAUUACUGCUUUAUAACACCAUGAGUGAAAGCUAAGCCCCAAUUUUAUUGGACCAGAUGCUGCGCUUUUUUACACACGUGCUAUCUCAUUGAUGUCAGUGGGUCUGUACAGAUGAGCAUAGAAUUUGACCUAAAGUAUGCUGGUUUUAGAAUUGCCACAGUCAUAAUGUCCUAGGAAAUAUUAACAGUAGGUACCGUGAGAAUCUUCAUAUAUGAAUGUGUGGGAGCUGACAAUUCAAUCACGCUGUCUGGUUUUACGUGGGGAUAUCCCUCUGAGUGAAAUGUGCUGUUUUGCAAAAUGAGUAUUUACAAUUACUUUGAAGCCAGCUUUUAAAAUAGUUCUUUAAUCUAAUCAUUGUUCUGCAGCUGUAUUAUUAGUCACUGUUCUGAAGAUGUGAAUUUGAUAACAUUUUUGCUGAGUGUAUGUUUAUUCUUUUUUU